ACCCAGAGAUGCUUCUCCCAAAGAACCUGGGAUGAGGGGAGCGGUGCAGGGGGGGUUUGUAGGAACAAGUCACCACCCUGCACCAAAACCUGCCUUGGAUGAUCUUUCCCUGCUCCAUUUCUUGCUUUUUUUCCCUCCAAAACAGAGAGGGAGAUUCCUCAUCAGCCUCUCAAUGACUGCUAAGGCAGGGAGAGCACUAAGGACCAAGGGGGUUGGCUGUUUUCUAGCCCAGGAGGCAUUUUGGGAGGGGAUUAGUGCUUUCAGGGCAAUUACCAUGAGUAACAUCUCUGCACAAAAGUUGGAGAGGCUUUGGAGAGGCUGAAGCAUCUCUUUAGACCCAGUUUGAGGGAGACAUGGGCUAUGGCAGCAGCAGCAGCUCCCCAUAAAUAAUUGUAUUUGUUUACAAGAGCCAUUACCACAUCUGCUCACUCACCCUGUGCUGCAGCUGAGUUUAAUGAGACACGGGGCUGGAAAUGAGAAGUGGGUUAAUUCAGAGGAGAAAAGGGCAGAGGAAUGGGUGCUGGGUUUGGACACAAAGUUAAAAAAGGGGUGUUUGAAGGUCAUUUUGGUGCUUCAUCAGAAAUUUGGGACCCUUUGAGUGCCUGCCAGUGAGCAGGUCCCAGCAGCAUGGACAGCAGUGACACCAUCACUGAAGAGGUCUGCAGGGAGGACGACGUUGGGGAUGGACAGUAACAGUGGAAGAUGGAAAGGUGUUCAUUACAGCAAAAAAGAAGGACCUGGAAAGCAGCCUGAGGGUGAAGGACACAAGCAGGAGGUGCCUCCUCAACAAGAACACGAUGCUGCUGCUGGGGGGAGGUGUGGCUGCCCUGGUGUGUGCAGAGACUCUUCGCCAGGAGGGAUUCACUGGCAGGAUCAUCAUGGCCACCAAGGAGAAACACGUUCCCUAUGACAAGUCCAAGCUGAGCAAGGAAAUGAACUUGAAAGCUGAGGAUAUCUACAUGAGGAAACCUGAAUUCCUCGAGGCUCGGGGCAUAGAGUUCUGGACAGAGAAAGAGGCAGUGUCGGUGGAUUUGCAGAAGCAGAAGGUUCAUUUCAUGGAUGGGUCCUCUCAGAAGUACCACCAGCUGCUCAUUGCAACAGGCAGCCACUCUGGUUUCCUCAAAAUCCCAGGUGCAGACCUGCAGAACAUAUGCACACUCCAAACCCCAGAGGAGUCCAGCAAGAUCUUGGAGCUGGCAACUGGGAAGAAUCUGGUGGUUGUGGGAGCUUCAUUCAUAGGAAUGGAGGUGGCUGCCUUCCUCUCAGACAAGGCUGGAAGCAUCUCAGUGGUGGAAAGAGAGGAGUUCCCUUUCCAGCACGCCCUGGGUCCUCAGGUUGGAGGUGUUGCCAUGAAGAUGCUGCAAAAUAAAGGGGUGAAGUUCCACAUGAAAACAGAACUGUGUGAGCUGAAAGGAAAGGAUGGGAAGGUCACAGAGGCUGUCCUUGCCAACGGAGAGAAGCUCCCUGCAGAUGUGGUAGUGUUGGGAAUAGGCUCAACCCCCAACUCAGCCUUCCUGAAGGGCACCUCCAUUGCCAGAGAUGACAAAGGUGCCAUCCUGGUGAAUCUGCACAUGCAAACCAACAUCCCCAAGGUCUUCGCUGUGGGGGACGUGGUCACCUUCCCGGUGGCACUGCUGGAUGGGGACAGGUCCAGCAUCCACCACCAGCAAGUGGCUGAGGCCCACGGUCGCUGUGCUGCCCUGAACAUGCUGGGCAGAGGGGAGGAGCUGCACACUGUUCCUUACUUCUGGACCACCUUGCUUGGGAAAAGCAUCCGCUAUGCAGGGCCUGCAUGUCUGCUCUCCAGCCCCAGCCCCUGUCCCCACCACCCUGGCUCUGAGGUGGUUUGGGUGCAAACUACUGUGCCAGGGCUCCUGAGCAGGCUCUCUCCCCCAGGCUGUGGGAAGGGAUACACAGACACUGUUGUGAAGGGCAGCCUGGAGCAACAGAAAUUCCUGAUCUUUUACAUCAGGGAUGGCCAUGUGACUGCAGCUGCCAGCCUGAACUGCGACCCCAUGGUGUCCCUGAUUGCAGAAGUGCUGUACUUGGGGAAACAAAUCUCCAAAGAAGAAGCAGAGGCCUGUGACAUUGGCAACAUCCCCUUGCUGGCACAAAGCUAAGUUUGGUGCGUGCCCCUUGCCGGGGGCUCACAACCAGAUGUCAACAGCUCCACAUCCUCCCACCCUGGAGCAAUAAAACCAUCAGCAAAGCUGAAGCCA